UCGGGGCGGGGGAGGGCGGUUGGCAGCUCCCCCGGGGGGGGGGCCGACACCCCCAUCCCGCCGGCAGCUUUAAAGGCGGCGCCGGGGGCUGCGGGGCGGCCGGCGGCACCAUGCGGCGAGCGCUCGGCUCCCUCGGCUGCUGCCCGGCGCUCCCCUUCCUCCUCCUCCUCCUCCUGCUGCUGCCUCCCGCGGCGCGGGGCUCCCCGCACCGCCUGCGCCGGCAGCCGCGGCCGGGAGGCGGCUCCGCCGGGAACCUCCCCGCGGCAGACACUGCCUGCAAGAACCGGCCCCUGGACCUCGUCUUUAUCAUAGACAGUUCCCGUAGUGUCCAACCUGAAGAGUUUGAGAAAGUGAAAAUCUUUUUGUCAAAAAUGAUUGAUACUCUGGAUGUUGGCGAAAGAACAACCCGUGUGGCCGUCAUGAAUUACGCCAGCACCGUCAAGGUAGAGUUUCCCCUCCGGACCUACUUCGAUAAAGCAUCUAUGAAGGAGGCUAUAUCUCAUAUUGAGCCCUUGUCCGCUGGCACAAUGACCGGCCUUGCCAUCCAAACUGCCAUGGAUGAAGUCUUCACUGAGGAAAUGGGCACCCGGCCAGCAACCUUCAACAUCCCCAAGGUGGUCAUUGUUGUGACAGAUGGACGACCACAAGACCAGGUUCAAGAUGUGGCAGCAAGCGCCCGGGCAGCUGGCGUUGAGAUCUAUGCAGUUGGGGUAGACCGAGCAGACAUGCAGUCCCUGAGGGUAAUGGCCAGCGAACCACUGGAUGAACAUGUCUUCUAUGUGGAGACCUACGGUGUGAUAGAAAAGCUGACAUCAAAAUUCAGAGAGACUUUCUGUGCUGCAAAUGUGUGUGCGCUUGGGACCCACGACUGCGAGCAGGUCUGUGUGAGUAACGGCGGAUCCUACCUUUGUGACUGCUAUGAAGGCUACACUCUCAAUCCAGAUAAGAGAACCUGCUCAGCUGUGGAUGUGUGUGCACCUGGAAGGCACGAGUGUGAUCAGAUCUGUGUGAGUAACAACGGAUCCUAUGGCUGUGAAUGCUAUGAAGGCUACAUCCUGAAUCCAGAUAAGAAGACUUGCUCAGCCAUGGACAUGUGUGCAGCUGGAAGGCAUGAUUGUGCACAAGUCUGUUUGAGUAAUGAUGGAUCCUACAGCUGUGACUGCUUUGAAGGAUAUACUCUGAAUCCAGAUAAGAAGACUUGCUCAGCUGGCGACAUGUGUGCACCUGGAAGGCAUGACUGUGAGCAGGUCUGUGUGAGCGAUGACCUGUUCUACACCUGUGACUGCUACCAAGGCUACACCCUGAAUCCAGACAAGAAGACUUGCUCAAGAACUGAUGCGUGUGCACCAGGAACCCAUGACUGUGAGCAGGUCUGUGUGAGUAAUGGUGGAUCAUAUACCUGUGACUGCUAUGAAGGCUUUACCUUAAAUCCAGAUGAGAAAACGUGCUCAAGAGCCAUAACAAGCAGUCUUAUAACAACUGAAGAAUCCUGUAAGUGUGAAGCCAUAGCUGCCUUGCAGGACUCAGUUACCUCACGCCUUGAAGCUCUGUCCACAAAAUUAGAUGAAGUAUCUGAGAAGCUGCAGGCGUAUCAAGGCAGACAGCAGGCUGUCUGAGCUAUCCUCCUACUUAAUUUUAGAAUAAUCUUUCAGAAGCAACCCUUUUUAUUGUGUUCAGCAAGCUUUAUUUUGUUGCACAGCUUACAAAACAGCAGUUGGUUUGUUGUUAUUGACAAAUGUCAAGAAGACUUCAGGAAGAAAACAGUCUUGAAAAUACAGUGACCCUGAGGAUCUUCAUGUACAGUCACUUCAUAACGAUAAAGCUACCUACACCUGCUGUGCUUCAGUCUGUACUACUAGUACAGCAGGCACUGCUUUUCUGCAGUAAUGGCAUUUUUAUUCUCUUAUUUAAAAUAAAUACAGAAAAAAUUAAUGGAUACAGCCUAUCAUAUUAUAUAAAACUGUGAAACAGCAAGGCAGAGUAAAAAAUGUGCCUAUGUCAUCUGUCCAUUAAAUGGAAAAGUAAUCUGGGGUCUCGUAACUUAUUUUAAUAAAAUAAAGUAUGAUCAGUACACUGAAGUUGGAAGUUUUUUUGUAUACAACUUAAAGGAUGUGUGUUAUGAAGUAAAGUGUUUA